AUUUUAUAGUAGGAUAACAUUCAACUCGUCAAUUUGAAAAAAAAAUCUUUGCAACAGAGAUAAUGCAAGGACAUUUUAAGGAUUUAUCUCGCUUCAAAACCGAAAGCUAAGAAUAUUCUAAUGCCAACCGUAAACCAUAGUAGUUAGACGGGAUUAUUUAGCGGUAUUUUAGCGUCGGUGGAUUUUUGAUUUUCGGAGUAGCGGCAGUAGUGAAAGUUUUUGUUUUCGUUUGACUUAACUGGGAGUUCGGUGGGUAACAUUUCGGAAAGGAUAACAACGGCUAGAAGAUUUUCUGGGGUGGUGUUUUUUUAGUGCAAAGUGAAAAAUGGUUUAUACUAUAUCUGAUAAAGUGGAUAAAAAUGAUGAUCAGAUCCAGCCGCCGGACAUGGAUUCCAAAUUCCAAAGAGUAAAAGCCGAAGAAGAUGACUCCAGGCCAGUAUACGGACCGAACGAACAAUGGAGAAUAUGGAAAAAUGUAUUGGUUAUUGGUUUCGCUUUCAUGAUCCAUUUUACGGCCUUUUGGGGCGCCUCCAAUUUGCAAAGUUCGAUUAACUCCGAAGCCGCCUUGGGUACUUUCACUUUGGCAGCCAUUUAUGGAUCGCUUAUAUUGUCCAAUAUAUUUUUGCCAGUCAUUGUUAUCAGAUGGUUAGGUGCCAAAUGGACGAUAUCCUUGGCGUUUGUGGCGUACAUGCCGUUCAUCAUGGCUCAGUUUUAUCCAAAGUUUUACACCAUGAUUCCAGCUGGUUUAGCAGUAGGAUUCGGAGGAGGCCCAUUAUGGUGCGCAAAGUGUACCUUCCUCACCAUAUUAUCUGAAGCUUACUCACAAGUGACUGGUAUCGGAGCCGAUAUCGUUGUUACAAGAUUUUUUGGAGUGUUCUUCAUGUUUUAUCAAUUUUCACAAGUUUGGGGGAAUCUUAUUAGUUCAGCGGUUCUGUCUUCUGGAAAUGAGGCAGUAGAAACUAUGAGUAAUAGCAGCAUAAACAACGUAACACAAAUCUUCAACGAAGUAGUUAAUAUUUCAACACAAACUAGGGAUUCAGGCGAUAUUUGUGGUGCUAACUUUUGUCCAGGAACAGCACUGGAAGCCAUUCCUAAUUUGACUCCUCCAACACCUUCUAAAAUCAACACCAUCGCUGGAAUUUAUUUGGUGUGCAUGGUUGCAGCUAGCUUGAUUGUUGCUGUUGGAGUAGAUUCAGUUAAAAGGUACGACAACGGCAGAAAAGGUAGCGGAAGCGGCAUGUCAGGAUUCAGGCUGUUGGCGGUAACCCUAAAGCAACUGGCAAAUCCUUACCAAAUACUAAUUUUGCCAAUCACCAUGUUUAUAGGCGCAGAACAAGCAUUUAUAGCAGCCGAUUUUAAUUCAGCAUUCGUCUCCUGUGGAUGGGGUAUUAGCAAUAUUGGAUUCGUCAUGAUCUGCUUCGGAGUCUGCAAUGGAGUUGCCGCCAUCUUUAUCGGAAGUAUUAUCAAAAUCACUGGCAGAACUCCAGUGAUUUGCUUAGCAUUGUCAUUGCACGUAGCCUUAAUCGUGACCCUUUUAGUAUGGAGACCAAGUCUUGAUGCUAAAUUGACGUUUUUCAUUAUCGCUGGUUUAUGGGGAUUCUGUGACGCUAUUUGGCUGGUACAGAUUAAUUCACUCUAUGGUAUUCUUUUUCCUGGUAAAGAAGAAGCAUCCUACAGCAAUUUCCGACUUUGGGAAUCAACAGGAUCGGUCAUUACAUACGCAUACAGUCCCUAUUUGUGCAUAGAUGUAAAAUUGUAUUUGCUGCUCGGACUUCUUAUUUUAGGAGCGAGUGGAUAUACCAUGGUCGAAUUUAUCGAAUGGAAGGGCAAAAAUGAAGGAUUGACUAAAAAAGGCGAAUUUAGGUUAGUGAAGACUGCAGAAAAGUCUGGAGAAGUUGCAGAAUGAUUACGUUACAUUUUGAAAUGAAUGUAUUUAUUUUCCAUGGAGUAUUAAAUUCGGCAAAUAGGCAAUUUUAUCAAAAAUACUUUAGAAAUGAAAUUUUACGUCAGGCUAGGCAAUUAAAACAUUUGAGGAGGAAGAAAGAAACUUAGGUUAAAUGGCGUCUACUGCAUAGAGUUUUCUGAGAGGUCGGUUUACGAAUUAAAAACGCAGUUAAAAUCUUCAUUUAACGGUGUAGUCAAGACUAUAUUUGAGAAAAAAGCCUUCCGUUGAAGCAAAUCGUGUUACUUUUUAGCUAAUGGUUUUUCCUAGCUAAUUUGACCCCGCUGAAUCCAAAAAUGCCUGUUUCCAAUUCGAAAUCGCGACCGGAAGUGAGAUAUUCAAGAUGGCGGCUGUUAUACCGCUGGCUAUUUCCGUGUUGUUCUUGAACUUUGUGGUCUUGUGGAUCUUGAAUUGAAAUUUGAUAUGUGUGGAUUAGUUGAUGUGACUUGCACACAUUGCAGUUGGGGCUUAAGAGGUAAUUAGAUGAAUUUAUAAAUAUAUGAUAGUAAUUCGGUCUCUAAUAUAAUCUUAUAGUACCUACUCUAGAGGAACGAAAAUAUGUUUGAAACCACGCCAAAACACAUUCCGAAUAAUAUAGUUAUUUACCUAACAAAUGCGGAAAGUGAUACUUUACCGCACGCAACGGCAGUUUCACGUCCUUCGGUCAAUCCGAUAAGGGCGGUAAAGGCACUUUCUCGCCCACAUGUGUUAGGUACAAAAUUUUACCUAUGAGUAUCUACAUCUUCAAAAAAUGGCAAUAUUGAAAUUUCUGAAAGAACUUUACCACACGCUAUGUGGUAAAGGAAUUUUACCGCACACUUUGCAGUCUACCUUAUAGCUGACUAUGAGGUAAAGUUACACUCGUAGGUGAAAUAAUUUUUUGCUGUUUUCAAAUUUGACGUUUAGUACACACAGUAUUCCAAAAUAUUUGAAACAGCAAAUUGAAUUAGAAACGUGUGUUAAAAUGUUUGAAAACUAAAAAUAAUAUUUCAUCCUAUUCUGACGUAUUGAGAAUAGAUUAACCCAAAACGGAUCCCGAAGAAAAUAUAUCGGGUCUUCAAAAAAAAAACCAAUCGAAGAUUGCUUUGAUUACGAAAACGUACGUCGCAUUAUUGUUUCUUUAUUGGUCAGGUUUUUUGACAUUAAAGUUCAUUGACAAAAUUGAAGGAAAAUUAUGCUAAGACAUACGUUCAAAAAACCAUAGCAAUCUUUGAUUGGUUUUUUUUUUGAAGACCCGAUACCAAUGCUAAUAUUAAAACCAAAAAAAUCACAAACUGAUAAAGAACCUAAACAUGAUCUUCAAAAAGAAAUUAAUUCACUGGAAUUAAAUGUUUCAGUUAAUAAAAUUCAUGAUAUUAAAGAAGUUGGAAUUGUUAUUGAAUCAAAUUCUAUAGAGAGUAUUUAAAAAAUCAGAAAAUUAAGCGAAAAAAAAAUUAAAUGGGAAAUAUAAAGUGGGUGGUGGCCGAAAUUAGGGUCCUUCUGCACAAUUAUUAUAAGUAAAAGUUGCAGAAAAAUAUCUUCUUUAUAAUCAGUAUGUUAAUCAGUUCCAUGUUAGCCUAUCUGUAUCUGUAUUCAUCAAUAACUUCCAGGAAAAUAUUCAGCCAUUCUGCAAUCAAUGCAUUCUUUAGUUGAUUGUCGUUAGGUGUUAGAACUUUAGCCUACUUCUUUUAGAUGCUACAGAUAACUGAUAAGCGAAUAUCAUCACAAUUUCAAUUGCUACUUUUUCUAGAUACUAAUUUGAAUUUACACGAUGAGGGAAUCAACUCUGUGUGACUGUUGAAGUCGAUUUCUUCCCAAAACAUUACAUAGCUGUCACCAUCGAUCAGGAGAUUUGAAGUUAACAUACAUAUUUUGGAUUAUCUACCCUUGUAAUUUAUCGUUUAUAGAGUGUGAGUCCGAAAUAAGUGCGUGUUUUGUUAUGAUAAAUAGAAUACAGUAGGACAAUCACUUUUUGCAUAGGUACAUAUGUCCGCGAACGUCUCGUUAAGAAAAUACGGAGCGUUGAAAUUUUCGGAAAAUUUUGACUUUUUACUUUAAGAUUCAAAAUGCGAUUUUGUUCAAAUUUUCAGAGAUUGUUUGCAAUAUUCUCAAGCAUCUUUCUAAAAAAUCCGUUUGAGUUCCACAACUUUAAUAGACCAUAUUGUGACAAACUCCAAUCAAACGAUCAACAUCUAUUUUAAAACAUGUCAGAUAAGCGAUUACAAACUUGAAAUAAUUCACAUUUCAGAUAAAAAUAUUAUUGAACCAAAAUACAGAACCUACUAGCAUUAGGUUUGAUAUCUACUAAUAAUCUAAAAAUGAAGCUUUCAUAUGUGGAUUAUAAAAAGAUGGAAUAUACUGAUCCAAAUAAUAUAUUUUAUGAUAAAAUUUCAAACGCAUUUGAGAAAACAGCUUCAACAAAAAAUUCUAAAUUGAAAUCAGAGUCGAAACCAUGGUUAAACCGAAAUUUAGCAAAUGUUACUCAUACCCAUCAACCAAGAUAACCUGAUAACGAAAAAUGAAGUGAGAAGGCGAUUCAAAUGUCUGAAUUCUAGUACCAAUGUGUACUUUUGGCCCUAAAAAACAUAUAAUUUGACGACCUAAUCACGUUAAUAGGUCUUAGAAGGCGAAAAAACAGUUAAUUUCAGAUUUUUGACGGCUAUCUUGAAUAUCUCACUUCCGGUCGCGAUUUCGAUUUGGUAACAGGCAUUUUUGGAUUCUGUGGGGUCAAAUUACCUCAGAAAUACCUUCACCUCAAAAUUAACACGAUUUGCUUCUAGAACCUAUUUUUUUCAGUUUAUAGUCCUGUCUAGUGUAGAAAAUGCGUAAACCGACAGCAGAAGUCCUGUCCCUCAAAUCAUAGGAAAAUAAAAUAAUGGGAGGAAGUUUUUGAUUUAUUUUAGUGUAACUAUAUAGGUAUGUAAGUUUAUUUUCUCAGAAUCGGUAACUACCAUUUUAUAUUGUGAAUUUUUUUUUCAUAUUUUUUACCAUUACAUGGUUAAUUUAGAAUUACUGAGUAGUCAUUGCAUUAUGCAUAGUGGGAUGAGUUUUACUGUUAUGUGUCGAAAUAAGCAUUUUUUAUGCCUAUGUAUUAAUAGAAUAUAUUUUAUUAUUGAGGAAAUAAUAUCUUUAGAAAUAGUUUUUGUUAUUAAUAACAAAUCUGUGAUGAGUAAAUUUUGUAAAUAACGCUAAGAGAUGUAGGGUUUUUAGAAAUAAAAUGUGAUUAUCAAUUUUAAUUUAGGAUUGUUUAAUUAAAAAAAAAAAAAGAGACAAGCAAAUUGAAGAAAAAGGGUUUAAAAUAUAAAAACAAAGAAAAUACAAUGCAAUGUGUGCUUAAGACAACACGACAGAAGUAAAAACUUCAAAAACCAAAAGAACGAUUAAAACCGAAAACGUAGGUUAACCAUUCAACCACUUAACCACCUGAUGACGCCACUACCGCCACUGCGAAAAGCCUAAAAUUUGUGCGUAGAAUCAGAAAUUCGUAUACAGAGUGGUUCCGUUUUCGACCUGGGACAGACCUUAUAUUGAACAUCUCCAGAUUACAAUUUUUUAAAUUCUAGUUACAUGGCUUUUGAAAAUUUGCAUCUACAAAACACGUUUUGUCUUCCUUGUGCGCAUGCAGCAGC